AGGAUGGUGAAACAGAAGAGGAAAGAUACCGGAGUGCCAGAGAAAAAGAGCAAAAAGCUGAAGAAGGUGCCAGCAACAGAGAAACUGCUGGCACCAGAAGCCACGUGGGGCUCCGAGGAAGCACACCCGGAGAGAGAAAGAGCGUGCUCGGACCCUGAGCUGUCCCCAGAGCUGUCCCCGGAGCAGAAGAGGGUCUUAGAGAGGAAGCUGAAGAAGGAACAGAAGAAGGCGGAGAGGAAGCGGCUGCGGGAGGCAGGCGUGGCCCUGGCCCCAGCCCAGCCCCUGCCUGCCAAGCGCUCGGGCGCCCAGCUGGCCCUGGACUACCUCUGUAGCUGGGCCCAGAAGCACGAGGACUGGAGAUUUCAGAAGACGCGGCAGACCUGGCUGCUGCUGCACAUGUACGACAAAGACCAGGUUCCCGAUGAGCACUUCUCUACCCUGCUGGCGUACCUGGAGGGGCUGAAGGGCCAGGCCCGUGAGCUGACUGUGCAGAAGGCUGAGGCCCUGAUGCAGGAGCUGGACGAGGCAGGCGCCAGCAGCCCAGACUGCCCCCUGCUGGAGAAAACCCAGCGCGUCCGACAGGUGCUGCAGCUGCUCUCCUAGGGUGCCCGGUCUUGAGGGCCCCUUCCUGCCAGGGCAGCCCUGCCACUGACUGCCUCCUUCCAGUGGGUGUGCUGGGGAGCCCAACGAGGAACAGCAGGGUUACUAUCAGGCCCGAGGCUGCCAGGUGCUAUGUCCCAUUCCUCUGGCACCAGACCCCUGGAAGGACACCUCUCUCCUGACCCUCCUUGGCCAGAGAGGUUUAUAGAUGAUGGCGGGUUCCAUCCCUUUACAGCAGGAUGAGGCCACUGAAAUAGCCUGGAGAUGCCAGGCCUGUGCCAGCCACCCUCGGGCCCUGGAAGUUGCUUGUUGAGGGAAAUGCCUGAUUUUCUGCCCAGGGGUCUUAGAGAUUGGCAGAGUCGCUCCCGCCAGCUGCUGUCCAUCAGUGUUCGGCUAAGGGGGGCACCCCAGGUUUGGGCCCCGCACAUCAGUCUGGUGGCCCCUCCCAUGCAAGCCACGUGUUUCCUGGCCCCGGCCUACCCUCUCGAGCCUCCGGGGCUGUGGCCAUCCACCUCUCACCUCCCUGCUCAGGUCAAGCCGCGGCCUCACUGCCCGCCUGCAGGGAAACUGGCUGUGUUUUCAAUAAAAGCAGCCCUGCUGGC